GGGUUGACAGUAACAGUAGAACCUAAGAUCUAGAGAAAAGUGUGAUCUUUACGUGUCCUUUUGCUAUUGCAGAUCAGAUUACAUGUCCCUGCGAAGCUGACCUUCUCUGUGAUAUUCUCCUAACAGAUGCUCCUCCUUUUUCCCUACUUCUUUGCAGGGACCCUUCACAAACCCCACAUAUGGGCUCAUCCUGGCUCUGUGAUCACCUCAAAGAGUCCUGUUACCAUCUGGUGUCAGGCGACCCGAGAAACAAAAAUCUAUGUGAUAUAUAAAGAGGGAAGCCCACGACUCUGGGACCAACAGGCCCAAAUAACCCACAAAAAAGAGGCAAAACUCACCAUUCCAUCUGUGACACAAUUGCAGGCCGGGAUUUAUCACUGUUACACUUACACCUCUGCUGGAUGGUCAGAGCGCAGUGACACCUUAGAGCUGGUGGUGACAGGAGUCUACAACAAACCCACCCUGUCAACCAUGCGAAAUCCUGUUGUAAACUUAAGAGGGUCUGUGACCCUCUCUUGUACCUCAAGUCAGAGAUAUGACUGGUUCAUUUUAACAAAGAAUGGUCAGAAGUUCUCCAUCCCUCAGAGCUCAAGAUACACACACACUGGGAUGUUCCUGGCUGAGUUUCCAGUGGGUCCAGUGACCUCUAGCCAGAGGUGGAGGUUCAGAUGCUAUGGCUAUUACACAAAUAAUUCUCAGGUGUGGUCAGAAGGGAGCGACCCCCUGGAGCUCCUGGUCUCAGGAAACCUCAAGAAACCCAUCCUCUGGGCUGAGCCAGGCUCUGUCAUCAGCACAGGGAAUCCUGUGACAAUCUGGUGUGAGGGGACCAAGGAAACCCAAAUAUAUUUCCUGUAUAAAGAAGGAAGCCCAGCACCCUGGUUCAGUCAAACUCUAAAAGGUCCUGGUAAAAAGGUCAUGUUCUCCAUAGCAUCCAUGGAAAAGCAUCAUGCAGGGCAAUAUCACUGUUACUCUUAUGAAUCUACAGGGUGGACAGAGCGCAGUGACUCCCUGGAGCUGGUGGUGACAGGUGUUUACCGUGGCAAACCUACUCUGUCAGCUUUGCCCAGCACUGUGGUGACCUCAGGUGGGAAUGUGACCCUUCAAUGUAUCUCAUCAAAAGGAUAUGAUGGGUUCAUUUUGACUGGUACAGAUCUGAAGUUCUCCAGGUCCCAAAAGGCACAGUUAUCUCACACUGGACAGUCCCAGGCUCUGUUUCCUCUGAUCCUUGUGACAUCCAACACUCAUGGGCCCUUCCGAUGUUAUGGAAACUAUACAAAUACCUCAAAUGUGUGGUCAGAGGCCAGUGAUCCUCUGGAGAUACAUGUCUCAGGGCUGUCAAGGAAGCCCACUUUGCUGACCCCAAAAGUCCCUGUCCUGGCCCCUGGAGAGAACCUGACACUCAAGUGUUCCUCUGAGAUAAGUUAUGACAGAUUUGCUCUGUUCAAAGAGGGGGGAAGUGACCUUACUCAAGUCUAUGUUCAUCAGCCCCAAGCUGGAUAUUUUCAUGCCAACUUCACCUUAGGCUCAGUGAAUUUCUCCAUUGGUGGUCGAUAUAGAUGCUUUGGUGCACACAGCUUCUCCUCUGAGUGGUCAGCCCCCAGUGACCCUCUGGACAUCCUGAUCACAGGAUACCUCCCUGUCACACCCAAUCUCUCAGUGCAUCCAAGGACCAAUGUGUCCUCAGGAGAGAAUGUGACCCUGCUGUGUCAAUCAUCAGUUCAAGUGGACACAUUCUUUCUGUUCAAGGAAGGUGCAGCUCAUCCCUACAUGCAACAAAGUUCAAAGUCUCAAGAUCUACAAUACGAGGCAGAAUUCUCCAUGAGUGCUAUGACCUCAUCCUUUGGGGGUUCUUACAUAUGCUUUGGUUAUAACAGCUCAUCCCCUUACCUGUUGUCAUACUCCAGUGUCCCCAUCAAGAUCAUAGUCUCAGGACUGGCAAGCUAUCAAAAGGCUGUGAUUGGGGUUUCUGUGGCCUUCUUCCUACUGCUCUUCCUCCUCACCAUCUCCCUUCUUCUUACACUCAGGCAUCAGAAGAAAAACAGAAAGGGAGUUCAGGCAAAGACUGACUUGCAACCUCCUGCAGAGUCAGUAAACAGGGACAAAAGACUCCAGAACAGGUAACUCACACCCAGAACCAUAGACCACAUCUGCCCAACUUCACUCACUGACAUUUGUCUUUUUGUUUCUACCAGCUUCAGCCCAGCUCCUGCCACUCAGGAAGAAAUUUUGUAUACUACUGUGAAAGUCACACAACCUGCAUACAGCAUGGAGCUGGAUGUCCUGAGCCAACAUGAGGAAGACCCCUCCAAAGACUUGUAUGCCCAGGUGAAGCCCUCGAGACUCAGAAGGACAGAGAUCACCUCUUCUUCUCUCAUGCCAAAGGAAUUAUUGGCCUCAAAUGACUCACAGUCAAAAGGAAAUCAAGUGAUAGAUGAGCAGGCUGCUACAACAGAGGAGCCACAUGAUGUGACCUAUACCCAGCUGUGCAUCGUGACCCCGAGACAGGGACAUGUGAACCUCCCACCUUCCAGGCAGAAAAGUCCAACCUGAGAACAUACUCUGGCCUCUACCAAUCCAGGGAGAUCACACUCUGCAUUCUGUGGGAGAGGGAGGACUCAGGGAUGCCAGAAAACAAGGUCUGCCUCAGGUGCACAGUCAUAGUGCAGACAUGACCAGUCUCUAGGAAAUCCUGAGAAAUUUGAGGACUCUGAUUCUAUUGUCCCUGCAUUUUAUAAAUAAGGCAAAUGCUUUGUCAGUGGCCAAUGCAUAAAAUGAGGAAAGAAGAAAGGAAUGAAUAAAGUUUUCUUUUUUGUGUUUUUCUUUUAAUUUUUAUUUUUGAGAUUCAACUAUAAUUACAGAAUUUUUCUCUUCCCUUCCUUCCCUCCAGACAUUUCCAUAGAUCCUUCUCUACUCUCCUUCAAAUUCAGGACCUCUUUUUUCCCUUGUUAACACAUGUACAUAUGAAGAUGCAUCUAAAACAUUUUAAACAUUUUUACCCUGAAUAUACACCUUUUGUCAAUUAUAUCUCAAUAAAGCUGAAAUUUGAAUGAUGAAGUCACCUUAAUAUAAUGUAGCAUGAACCAGAGUAAUUCAGAACUGAUCUGAACAAGCAUGAAUAAGGGUCCUGAAAAUUGAGGAGUUGAGUGGGAAGACCUAGUCUAAGUUGCUUACAAUGCUCUACCUGUUUACUUAGAUAGUAUUAUAUCAUUCUGAGAUCUUUGAUGUAGUUGAAGACUAGAUAGCUAUAAUUAUUUUCCUUGGUUAUGAUAAAAGAUAAAUAGACAUAAAACUUUAGACUAACAAAUAUAGGAUAGAUAGAAUAUUUUCUUUAAUUUUGCCAAAUAUAAAUAGACUAGAUAUUGUAACUGUAAUUCUUGCUUGAUAAUUGUUUUGUUAUAUAUAAUUUUACUAUGUUAAAGUUAAAACUUUCCUUUUUGAAAAAAAAGAGAAAAGGGGAAAUGCUGUGGAUAUUACUCUGUAUCCUAUGAAUGUGUUGCUCUGAUUGGUUGAUAAAUAAAAUGAUGAUUGGCCAGUAGCCAGGCAGGAAGUACAGGCAGGAUAAGCAAACAAGGAGAAUUGUGGGAAGAGGAAGACUGAGUCAGGAGAUGCCAGUGAGCCACCUAAGGAGCAGCAUGUAAGGGCACACAGGUAAAGCCACAGAACAUGUGGCAACAUAUAGAUUAACAAAAAUGGGUUAGUUUAAAUGUAAGAACUUGUCAGUGGUAAGCCUGAG